AUGCGUAAGACCCAACAAUUGCGGCGCCGCAAGAACAAAUAUCAGCAUCGAAUGUCCCGUAAGGGAUAUGCUGGGUUGGAGGAUGAGCUGGUUACCUUGAAGGAGAAGGUUGCUAUUGGAGAACUAAACACUAGCGGAAGUGAUGAUGUAUUGACGUUGGCUUUGGGGACUCCUGAGCAUCCUGGAAGAGUGAGAGGCGUGGGAGGUUAUGUGAACCCCUCCAUUUACUUCCACUUCCCUAAACGUAGAAAGGAGAGCAUCCAAGAGGCGGUGAAAGUGAGUGUGCAGAAAAUUCUACAAGAGCAAAAAGAGAAGAUCAUUGAAGAGGCCAAGGAGCAGAUUUUACAAGAGCACAAAGAGAAGAUCAUUGAAAAUGCUAAGGAGCAGAUAAUUGCAGAAGAAAGGGCAUUUUGGAUUGCUAAAUUUGCAGAGCUAGAAGCAAAGGUAGAUGGAAGGCGUAGUGGGACAAGCGACAAAAGUAAUCUGCAUGGUUCUGUGGGUAGUUGUUCACAAACCGAUAUUCCCGGUGUUGGUGAAGUGAGAUGUGAUGUGAUGGAAGAAACAGCGACUCGUUUUGAUGGGAAAUCAGUUCAAAAAGUCCUAGCUGCAUUGGAAGAAAAGCUGGUGCUUAAAAAGGUUUCCAAGAAGAAGGAGAAGGAUGCCAAAUCUGUCCCCAUUAACCACAAACAUAAUGACCAGGGCAAGUUGGCUGAGGUGGUAGAUAAUGCAAAACUGGAAGAAGAUCAAGCUCAGGUGCAUGAUGACCCUAUAGGGUAUAUAGAUUUGACAACAAAGCAAGAAAAAUCAAAGGUUAUGGGAGUUGAGAUUGAUGCCAAGUUGGCAUUAGGGUCAAUUGACCAUAUUGUAGCUCUAGCUACUGUUAUGGAAUGCGAUGACUCCUCUCAAACUUGUCAUGGUUAUCCACUAGGGGAUAAUAAUGUGCGAGUUUCAGUCUAUUGUGUUAUAGAUGAGAAAGCCUUAGUUCCAUUUCCUAUGGCCGAUGAAAUACUAACUGUUAGGCAAGCCAUGGGGAGCUGGGUAGCAUGGCCAAAAGAGCUGGUCAUAAUGUCACAUGACAAGAAAUUUACCAAGGAUAAAGCUGAGAAGAGGAAGAGAAAAAAAUUGGUACUGGAAGAAGACGAAAAUGCUAAGGUACUAAUUAGCUUAAAGUCUUUAGCACCUUCCUUGCCAGCUCCAUUGAAGAUACUUUGCAAUUGGGGUGAAGAGGCAUUUAAAGAUGGGCGUGCUAUCACGUUCGAAAUGGAGUCUGAAGUAUUUGGGUAUCAACGAAAGACGUUUAUACUAGGAUCAGAUGUUGAAAGAAUUGCUAGCAUGAGGGAAGUUACUGGAAACUGCAUAGUGGUAUACCAGAGGUACCUUCUUGAUUUAUUGACUCGAUAUAAAAUGCUGGAUAUGGUUGCUUUUGUUGACCCUUCAAUGAUCGGUGCAAUCCGGUAUGGGGAUGGUCAUGCCCAGUCCCAGCAUAUCAAGGAUAGGCUUUUAACUGCAAAACCAAACCAGAUUUUCUUGCUGCCUUAUAACGCAGAUAAUCAUUGGAUGCUUACUGUUGUGAAUCCGGAGGAAAACACUGUCUAUUUCAUGGAUCCGUUGAAGAGGCGGUUACCCACUGGAGAAUGGAGAUCAAUUGUUGAUACUGCCAUUGCUAUGUAUAAUGCACACAGAGGCAAGAAAGGCAGGAGUUCAGUUUUGUGGAAGAAUUUAGCGGGUAUUCCUCCACAACCUAGCUCUACGGAGUGUGGCUACUUCGUGAUGAGAUACAUGCGAGAUAUAAUUGAAGAUAAGGAUCUAUCGUUUGUUCGUAAGUGGGAGAGGAGAAGCAACUACAUGUAUAGCCAAGAGGACAUUGAUGUAAUCCGGAAUGAGUGGGCAAAAUUUGUUGUCAACAAUGGAAUUGAGGAAGAGGUCAGUCACCACCCAACACUCAUUGCUUGCCACUGUGAAGGUAGAGGGUGGAAGUUCUGGGCUGACAGCAAUCUCCGGUCAAAAUUUUGGGGGCGAUCAAUUCAGCUUGACCCUGUUGGAGUUAUAAGCGUGGAGUUUGAUGAUGGUGAAAUUUUCCAGUGGAGCAAGGUCACAACAAAUAUAUAUAAUCUCAUUCUCGGUAAACUUUAUUGUGACCACCAUGGUACAAUGCACAUACGGGGUAAUCGUGAGUAUUCAUGCAAACUGAAGUUCAAAGAGCAAUCCAUUCUUGACCGAAAUCCUCACCAGCUUUGUCUGAUCCUGGGUAUUUGAUCACGGAUUAAGGAGAAGCUCC